AUGUUUUCUUUUCCCCAACUCUCUCUCUCUCUCCCUCUCGCUCUCUCUCUCUCUCUCUCUCUCAAUCUGCAUCCAACAUCCCCAAAUUCCCUCAUUGCCACUAGCAACCAAUUUGCGCAUUGUCUGGCAUGGAGUCAUGGAGGAAACGGGUUCACUUCCUCAUUCCACAUUCUCUACUCAAAUGGCUGUAAUGAAGGUCUGACUCUGGAGGAAUGGGAGAGUAAAUUUUCUCAGCCUAGGCGUGUGGAUAAACCUGAACAGUUAGCUAUUCUGGAGCCAUUGGAAAUGGGCAAUCAGCCACCUGCAGUUCCCCCCCAUCAGAAUCUCAUUUCGGCGAACCAGGAGGAAAGACUUCCCAAGAAUAUCUUCUCACCCCAAUCCCAGGAAUCGAUGACGCCAGUUUCGUCAUAUUCCAUGACAAUAGCAAAAUCGCCCCUCCCAACUACCAGCGUAAUGCGUCGGCCGGCACCCCGUCCCCCUGUGAAUACGUCUCAACGAUCUUCACCACCACCUCUGAUUACCAUGGCUGAAACGAAUUCCAUCUCACAAAGCUCUACAACAGUAGCCAACGGAAUCGCUGCUGAUCCAUUAAAAGAUGACUCAAUCGAAUUCGAGUCUCUCUCAACGUUUACCAGAAUUCCAUCUUCCCAACUUUCAACUGAUUCCUCUAUCCCAACAUUUAAUCCGAAACCGCCAUUACCGAGAUUGCCCAUUCAACUCCUUCCAUCCCUCGAAGAAGAGAACUCGCAGUCUACGACACUCUCCAAGAUUCCAGAAGAGGAUGACAGCACCUCGCAGGCAUCGACCGUUGUUGUGGUCCAGGCUCACCAUCAACCCCAGCAGCAGCAGCAGCAGCGUAGAUCGUCAAAUUCUCCUACGGCAUCAGUGUCCACCACUUCUUCAAGUACAACCCUUCCACUCUCUUCUUCACCUCAACGAACACGAUCGCCAGUUCAUACUACGCCAACGGAAUCGUUGGAUACGGAAGGGGAAGAAUUGUUGGAUAAACUAACCCAACGACCAAAGAAGACGUCGAAACGAGAUGGUAAGGGCUUGACAAAGCGUCGCAAAGCAUUCCGAUGGGGGAGCCAUCAAGGAACAGACAAGAAUGAUGCAAGCACACCUUCGAGUGAAGAUGAUGUUGACAACACUGAUCGAUCCAAGCAGUCAAGUUCAACUCCUGUUCCUCAAAAUGACCUAGUAAGUCAUGAGUCGUGGGUCUGGAAAUGCGCAGUUUGUCGUUGUGGAGAAAAGUUGGAAAAGUCAACUUGUGUUAAGUCAUCUUCUUCGUCUCUUUUCUCUUUUAAACCAACCAAACUUCAAUCCCUUCCUAAGGUGCGCAAGAAGCCCUGA